CCCCUCUCUGUCUCACCUGCUGUGACUCACCUGCUGUGACUCAAAGCGUCCAUCGGAGCGUCCCGGUGAAACCCGAGCUGGCGUGGCGGCUCGUGGUCACCGGAGCCGAGCAGCUGUUGAAUGAUUGAUGGCCGACAGACACCGAUCCUAAAAAGACCUGAGCAGGUAGAGGACAGUUAGACAGUGCUCUGAGGCUCCAACAGGCAGGUAACACCAGCAGGCAGGUGAUGCUGUCAGGAUGUCUGACGGGAGGCAGCGAACAUUGUCCACAUCUGGAGAGUCUCUGUACCAGAUCCUGGGUCUACAGAAAGGCUGUUGCCAUGACGACAUCAAGAAGUCCUACAGGAAGCUGGCGUUGCGGUUCCACCCCGAUAAGAACCCUGAUAACCCCGAGGCAGCGGAGAAGUUUAAGGAGCUGAACAGCGCCCACGCCGUUCUGUCGGACCUCACCAAGAGGAACAUCUACGACUCGUACGGCUCUCUGGGGCUCUACGUGGCUCAGCAGUUCGGAGAGGACAACGUCAACGCAUACUUCAUGCUGUCCACCUGGUGGGCCAAGGGUCUGUUCUUUGUCUGCGGCGUGCUGACCGGCUGCUACUGCUGCUGCUGUCUCUGCUGCUGCUGUAACUGCUGUUUUGGGAAGCUGAAGCCGACGCCGCCGGGGGAGGGGGGGGGGCCGGACUACGUCUCCCCCGACGACCUGGAGGAGGAGAUACGCAACGACCCCGACGACGAUGUUGAAACUCCGAUCGUUCAGCAGCCGACGAACGCCAGCGAGAAAACUCAGCUGAUCACCGACGGCCACCGCAGAUACGGAGACACCUACACAUGAAACAGGAAACAGGAAACAGGAAACAGGAAACAGGAAACAGAAAAAUGCGUAUGAAAUCAAAAGUGAAUUGGAAUUCAUGUUGAAGCAACAGUCCUCAUCUUCCUCUGAUAAACACAUAAUAACUUUAUCUUCUAUAUAAUGUAGAAAGACAGACAGACAGACACAAAGAAAGACAGACAGACAGAGACAGACAGACACAGGCACAGACACAGACAGACAGACGGAGACAGACAGACAGACA